CAAUUUGAGCCUGUUCCACUCACGAAGUGAACUCCAUGUGACCACGAUUGUACAACUGCGCAUGCGCAACAAUGGCGACUGCCACAGAGUCGGAUGCAACUCAAUCACACUGUCGACGCAAGAGGCCACCUGGACGGCUGUUUACGAAGAGAAGCGACGUGUACGUGAGCAGAAAUAGUGAAUAUAAAGUGCAGUUGGAGAGAUGCGAAAAGAUGCUGGAGGAUGAAUUCAAUGAGAUCACAAUCCAUGCUCUAGGAGCCGCCAUCAACCGUGCCAUUCACUUGGCACUAAGCAUAGAAGAACGAAGCGACGGACGACUACGAGUGUCAGCCAACACGUCAACAGUCGAGAUAGUCGACGACCUUGAACCAGCAUCUGAUGAUGCCGACGCUCAUUCGUAUAGUGAAACCAGACAUAAUUCGGCCAUUCACAUUCGUGUGUACAAACUGCCCAUAGAACGAGUUGAGACGUCAGUGAGUCGAGGUGAUGAAGGGCAAGUGCUGCCGGUUGAAGAAACGGAGAAAGCUUGUGGUGCCGUGAGUCCUGCUGUUGCUCCUGCUGUGUCACCUCCAAGUCUUGUGACAUCGGGUCGGCGUACUGAUGGCAAAAGGAAAGGAAAGAAACGAGUUGCACGAACAGAGUCAACUUGAAUUGGUGUGUGUAGGUUCUAUGGUAGCAUGAUUGAUUAUGAUUUGUUGAAGACUCGAUGGGUCAUGUUAUGAUGAUGUGUGCAUGUGUUCCCAAGUGCUCGUGCUUACAUGCU